UUUACAUACCCAUCUCAUCUUUAUCGAAAAUUCGAGAGCAUGUGAAACGAAAAGUAAUUUCAUCGUUGUAAAAAAAAUUAUUUUAAAGUUGUUUCUUUGUUUAAUUGUAAAAGAUAUUUAUUGAUUCGAAACUUUGCCCGAUAAAUAAAUAAGGAAUUUUAUUGUAAAUUUUUGAAGCGUGCAAACGGCCAUUUGUAAAUUGUGUUGAAUAUUGCUGGUCGAUCAGCCAACUUCGUGAAUACCAGUGAAUACGUUUAUUCUUGAACAGUUAUAAUUGCUUCCACUCACCGAUUUGAUCAUACAAAAAGUGUUUAAUUAGUUUGCAUAAAUAAAUCCUAAAAAUCCGGGAGAAAUAAAAAUUAAUUUUUCAUUUAACCUGUACAGGAUUUAACCUACAAAACUGAAGCGCAAAAUGUCUGAAAGUUGGGAAAGCGAGGACGAUUAUAAUUCGAAGAAAAGUCGAUCGUAUUCAAGAGAAUUUACAAAUCAGUCGCGUUAUAAUGAUAGGAGACAAAAUGAUGAUAGAAGAGGCCGAGGAGGUCGAUCUCUAGGACGUGGACGACGAGACGAUGAUAAUAGUAAUUACGGGCGGCAAAAUCAGUCAAGACAAAAUAAUGAUUCUGAAAAUUCAAACUCUGGUAGACAGCAGUACGGUCGAAACUCUCAAUAUAAUUCUGAAAGUAAUUACAGUCAGUCUAAACAGUUUAGCACAUCAGACGGUACAGAAGACCUCAUUUUGCAAAUUCAAACCUUCAGAAUUGGAAAACUUAUUGGUAGAGGCGGCUCAACCGUAAAGGAUCUUCAAAAUCAAAGCGGAUGUCGAAUUUCGAUCGACGGUGACAGAUCAAGCGAAACAGUGUCUGUGACAUUGUCCGGUGCUGAAGAUGCGAAAAUAAGUGCAAAACAACUUAUUGAUGAUCUCAUGAAUGUUGGAAUGAAUCCACCACAAGAACGUGGGCAACGAAAUUACAAUAAUCAAUCAUCACGAAGAUCAUCAUCGAAAUCGCCGUCAUUCAGAUCUUCUAAUUAUUCUCCUCAGCGUGGAUCAAAUUCUUCCACGAAGAAUUAUGAAAGAAACAGUGACGAUCGUUAUCAGUCACAUGGCUCUCGAGACGAUUCAAGACGAUUCGAUUCUGGCAAUUUUCAUAAUUCACGACGAUCCGAUUCCGAUAGUUAUCAGAAUUCGCGAAAAUCCGAUUCGAAUAAUUAUCAAAGUUCACAGCGACAAUAUGAACGACCCAAAUCUCCCGAAAGUAAUCAAACUUCUCAGCAGGACUCAAAAGAUCCAAAUGAAAUAGAUUUCUCCAAUUUCGACUGGUCGAAAGCUAAUGAAUUAUACGAACAAGCGCAGAAGGAAAGGUGGGCAAAGUUGCCAUCGUUGAAAAAGUAUUUUUAUAAAGAGGAUCCAAAAGUUGCGAGCAUGACGAAGGAAGAAGUUGACAAUUUUAGGUUGACAAACAACAAUAUUGAGGCGAAGCUUAUGUUCGAUAAUGACGUUGAGAUAAAAGAUUUAAAAGUUCCAAAUCCCGUGACUACUUUCGAACAAGCAUUUCAACACUAUCCAGAGAUUCUGGACGAAAUUUACAAACAAGGUUUCGAAAAACCCAGUCCAAUUCAGUCACAGUCAUGGCCAGUUCUUAUGAGUGGCAUGGAUUUAAUUGGAAUAGCUCAAACCGGAACAGGAAAAACACUAGCCUUCUUGCUACCGGCUUUAAUUCACAUCGACGGACAAAAUGUUCCACGCGAGGAAAGGCCAGGACCAAAUGUUCUUGUCUUGGCUCCGACUCGAGAAUUGGCCCAACAAAUUGAAAAAGAGGUCGGCAAAUAUUCUUAUCGAGGAAUUAAAGCAGUUUGUGUGUACGGAGGAGGAAGUAGAAAAGACCAAAUAAAUAUGGUUUCGGGAGGUGUUCAAAUCGUUAUUGCAACUCCGGGGAGAUUAAACGAUUUAGUUCAAGCUGACAUUUUAAAAGUUGAAUCUGUCACGUACCUGAUUCUUGAUGAAGCUGAUCGCAUGUUGGACAUGGGUUUCGAACCUCAAAUUCGUAAAACUCUAUUAGAUGUAAGGCCCGAUAGACAAACCGUCAUGACAAGUGCAACUUGGCCAUCGGGAGUUAGAAGACUGGCGCAGUCCUACAUGAAGAAUCCAGUACAAGUUUGUAUAGGAACAUUAGAUUUAGAAGCAACCCAAACUGUUACGCAAACUGUAGUUAUGACAACUGAUGAAGAAAAAACGAGUAUUUUAAAUGACAUUUUCGUUAAAAUGGGACCUGAUGAAAAAAUAAUGGUGUUUUUCGGAAGGAAAACAACGGUUGAUUCAAUCUCGAGUGAUUUAGCCCUGCAGGGAGUUGUGGCUCAGAGUAUUCACGGUGGCCGGGAACAAAGUGAUCGAGAACAAGCACUCGCAGAUUUAAGAAGUGGCGAGGUUCGAAUUCUUUUAGCGACAGACGUUGCUAGUCGAGGUAUCGACAUUGAGGACAUUACUUGUGUUGUCAAUUACGAUUUUCCUCGUGAUAUUGAAGAUUACGUCCAUCGUGUUGGUCGUACAGGCCGAGCUGGUAGAACUGGAGAGAGUAUAACUUUAAUGACCCGAAGCGAUUGGUCACAUGCUAAAGAUUUAAUUGGUCUUUUGGAAAAAGCUAGUCAGGAAGUUCCCCAGGAUUUGUACGACAUGGCAGAAAGAUACACUGUUUGGGAAGAGAAGAGAAAUCAAGAGAGAGAUCGCGACAGGAGAGACGCUGGUGGCAGAGGAGGUCGGGGUGGACGAGGAGGUCGUGGAGGUCGAAGAGGCGGUGGUAACCGCUGGGGCAAUAGUGAUUAUUAAAAUCUAGUUCCAAAGCAGAUAAUAUAUAAAAAUAAAAUUUUGAUUUAUAUUAUUUAAAGAAUAUUAUGAAACUAAGAGAGAAAAAUUUCACGGUUUUUGAGAAACUGUGCAAUAUUAUUAUUAGCAGUACGAGACUUACGAAUAAUGGAAAUACGAUGUCGAUUCAAGAGACACGUAUCAUUUUAUUUUUAAUUCGAAGAGACUGAUAAAUAGAAAUAGCAAAAAAAAGUAUGCUAAGACUUAGUUAAAACUUGAGUAUUUAAACUCGUUUCCUACCAUUUUUUUUAUAUUGUUAUUACUGUUCUUUAGAUGAUUAUUAUUAUUAUUAUAUUUAGAGGCGACUGUCAGUAUUAAGCGCCAAGUACGAAGAAACGCUCUUCCAAAUCGAGACACGUUCAGUUUCGUUCCUUUCCUUUCAUUUUUCUUCAUUGAAUAAAAAUUCUUUCUUCACUAAAAAUUCUAAAUUAUGUAUUUAUUAUGACGUAAUUUACAAAAAAGGAAAAUUUUAGGUAAAAAUAAUUGUCACUUUUUUACAAUGAUUUUUUCUGACUUAUCUUUGAUUAAGCAAAUUGUCCAAAUAACUUAAACAUUGUAAGUGUAAAGAGGAAUAAAAGUGGUUAAUUUUUCUACAAAA